GUUCCCAUAAGAUCCAACACGUCAAGCCCGUCCGCCCAUUUCCACAUCGAUCGCCUCGUCCGUGUCCUUCUGCUCUGCCUCCUGCGUGCGCGCCACUCCCUUGUCAAGCGCCAAAACCUCCGCCAUCGCCACGUUCUUCCCUCCGGCGCUACCGCUAGGCCAUGGAGGACCACGCCACGGCCAAUGUCCGCGUGGACGGCGCGCCGGCGGAAGCCACGCUCGGCGGCGGGUUGCUGCGGUGGCGCGGCGCUGCCGGCUGCCGCGGUGCGGCGGAUCGGAGCCUGUCGCUGGAGGGCGACGUGCUCGGGGUCGAGGCGAGGGGGAAGGAGGUCGUCGUGAGGGCCUUCGUGGCGGCGAGCGCGGGAGGGAAGCGGUGCAGGAGGGACUUUGUGUUCGAGAUGGCGGACGGCGAGGGCGCCGCCGCGGCCUUGGGUGAGAGGCUGGGACGUUGCCUGGACUCGUUCGGUACGUGCGGCCGACCGAAGAGAUUGUUUAUCUUCGUCAACCCUUUUGGAGGCAAGAAAUGCGCGAAGAAGAUCUACGAGACAGAAAUCAGGCCCCUGUUUGAGGCUGUCGGUGUCAGCAUCACAAUGCAAGAGACCCAGUACCAGGGGCAUGCCCGGGAGGUGGCGUCUUCUCUUGACCUUGCAAAGUACGACGGCAUUGUCUGCGUUAGUGGUGACGGUGUCCUCGUGGAGGUAGUGAAUGGAAUUCUGCAACGAACAGACUGGGAGGAGGCGAUAAUGAUGCCAAUUGGGGUAGUUCCAGCAGGUACAGGGAACGGCAUGGCUAAAUCACUUCUCCAUGCUGCCAGUGAGACGUACUCAGUUUCGAAUGCUGUAUUUGCCAUUAUCAAAGGUCACACGCAGUCCUUGGAUGUCUGUACCAUUUUGCAGGGGGAGAAGAAAUUUUUCAGUGUCUUGUUAAUGACUUGGGGUUUGGUGGCUGAUAUAGAUAUCGAGUCAGAGAAAUACAGGUGGAUGGGAAGUGCGCGCUUUGACUUCUAUGCUGUGCUUCGCAUAAUGAACUUGAGGAAAUACUGCGGAAGCAUUCAGUUCGUGCCUGCCCCAGGCUAUGAGGCAUACGGAGAGCCUGUCGAGCAAGUCGACAAUUGCAUCGUAGAGUGUCAGGAGCAAAACGGAAAAUGUCACCUGUCUUCUUAUCCAGGUCCCUCGGAUGGGUUUAAAGGUUCAGACUGGAGAUUUGUUCACGGUCCAUUCGUUGCAGUUUGGAUCAACAACGUGCCAUGGGCUGCUGAGGAUAUCAUGGCAGCUCCUGAAGCAAAGUUCUCAGAUGGCUAUAUGGAUGCAGUCAUAGUCAGAGAUUGUCCAAAGGCUGAUCUUUUAGCUCUGCUGAUGAAGAUGAGCGAUGGGAGCUAUGUGAAAUCUCCGUAUGUUACAUAUCUAAAGGUGAGAUCUUUUCAGUUAUCACCAGGCCAGCUUGUCGAGAACCCAAAAAGGGGUGGCAUCAUAGACGUGGAUGGCGAGGUAAUUGCCAGAGGAGAAGGAACAUAUGGCAAAAACCAGCAUCAAGAUGUGAUGGCUUAUGGCCCUCCUAUUCAGCUGACAGUGCACCAAGCAUUGGCCACCGUAUACUGCCCUUCCAAACUUCGCUGAAGAUGGGCAUAGCCGAAACUUUAUCAUCAAAUUAGUUGCUAACAAAUUCAAAGUUUAAGCCCAAAAAAUGAACUUGAAAACCAACUGGGAAAUAAUCUUGCCAAAUUUUCGCAACAACCCAAGUGGAAGUCAAAUAUAAGUUAACAUUUUCAUCAACUUUGGCAUGCAUGUAUGCCAAAACAAACAUCCCCAAAUGAUCAUUCCUCCCCCCACCCCCCCUUUUCUCCUCACUCCCAAGGUUUAUUCGUUUGUGCCAAUUGUUCUUAUAAUUUUAUUGUUGUUCAACAUUGAUCUCUCGUUGUAAUAAUUCUAUUUGUUGCGUAUAUUCGCACAAUUUCUGAGUUUUUUCUGAACAUAGUGUAAUGGCACUGAAUAUUCAUAGUGAUCUAUUCCCGUUUACGACGAGAAGAUCAUGGAAUGUGCCACGUCAAAGAAAUUUGUCUAUAUAUUUUGUACAGAUCCGAACUAU